AAUAAGAGAUAAAUUAAUAAAAAAAUAAAAUAAAAUAGAAGCCCAUUAUAUCAAACCCUAGAUUUAUAAACACACCCAACACUUAAUCUCGCCUCAGUUUGGAGCAGUCGACACUUUCCUCCGCCUCCCGCCGUCGCGCUCCAUUCCUCAGAACAAAGAAGCCCCGAGUGAAUUAUGGCGUUUGCAGCGAUGAAACCAACAAAGCUAGGGCUAGAGGAGCCCCAGGAGCAGGUUCACAAGAUCCGGAUUACUCUUUCUUCCAAGAACGUGAAGAAUUUGGAGAAAGUGUGUGCCGACCUAGUACGUGGUGCCAAGGACAAGAGGCUCAGAGUCAAGGGACCAGUGAGGAUGCCCACUAAGGUUCUCAAGAUUACUACUAGGAAGUCUCCCUGUGGUGAAGGUACCAACACCUUUGAUAGGUUUGAGCUUAGGGUUCACAAGCGAGUGAUCGACCUUUUCAGCUCCCCUGAUGUCGUGAAGCAGAUUACCUCAAUUACCAUUGAACCUGGUGUAGAGGUUGAGGUUACAAUAGCAGAUUCUUAGAUAUUUUGUUUGCCUAUUUCUGCUUUUUGUCAUUAUUUUUCGAACCAGAAAUUCUUGAGGAGAUAUAAUGGGGCAAGUUUGUCA